UCUUUGUGUGGUUUCAACACGUUGGAUUUGAAAAAACAAUGAGGAAUGGGGGAAAGAUGACUAGUAAGGAGAUUUUCUCUUGAGACUAAUUGUUGAAGAUGAUUUGUUUGUUUAUUUGUCUUGAGGGUUUUUGAAUGAAGAUUUUGUCAGCUUUGGACUUGGUUUAAUUAGAACGAUUAUUGAUGUUACUCUAUGAAGAAAAUUUGUGUAGCAUCUCUUAUGUUUUUCUCAUUCUUGGUGCCAAUCAAGUUGGUUUUCGAGAUAAAGCAUUCGGUGCUGUCAAGUCCCGUGGUAAUUGAGUGCUGUCUAGCAUUCAGUACUUUGAGUUAUUGGUAUGAUUCAGUUGGUUUAUGGAAAUAAGCAUGCGCUGUCUACGGAAUUUAUAAGUGUUUGAGGCACAACUACUAUUGGAUCUUUGGGAAACUAAAGUAGGAUUUAUAUAGAUUUGAUCUGUCGGAAUUGUUCACAGUAGCCGUAAUAAGUAGGUUUGAUCGGAACCAUGGCAAGCGAUUCAAGCCUGAAGUCAUACCAUGGUAAAGAAACGGUUGUGUCAAGUGGCAGAAGCUCUACAGAUGGGGAUACAAAUAAUAUUUGUGUGCAGACAGGUGAGGAGUUUUCAACGGAGUUUUUAAGGCAUACUGGUGCUUUAAGAAGAAUAGCAGUGACAAUGGAUGCAGACCAUAGCCAACCAAGGCAAGCAGGUUUUAGUAACAAUCAGAACUGUUGGCAGGUUUACAAGGAUCUUAAAGGCAGUCCAGAGUCAAGAAGGAAGGAAUCCGAAUAUGGUUCAAAUGUUCCAAAUUUUGUUCCGGGAUUGGGAUGUAUAGCUGAAGUAGAUAGUUACCAUGAUCAUUUUAGCAGAUAUAACUGGCAAAUUGGUGGUUUUGAUGGACAAAAAUUUGUUCAGCAUUCGGAUGCAAGUUACAUUGAUCAAUUGACACCAAGGCUGACCGUCUCUCCAGUCUGUGUCGUAGAGUCCCCUCAAUCGGGUCGCUCAAAUAGUGCAGGAGUUACAGAGGGUACUUUUGCGAGUAAAAUGAAAUUUCUUUGCAGUUUUGGGGGAAGAAUAUUACCAAGGCCAAAUGAUGGGAAGCUUAGGUAUGUAGGUGGAGAGACACGGAUCAUAUCGAUUAAGAAAAACUUAACAUGGGAAGAACUUGCAAGGAAGACAACUGCAAUUUGCAACCAACCUCAUACUAUUAAGUACCAGCUCCCCGGUGAGGAUCUGGAUGCUCUAAUAUCUGUUUGUUCGGAUGAGGAUCUUCAUCAUAUGAUCGAGGAAUAUCACGAGCUGGAAAGAAAUGGUGGUUACCAGAGACUGCGGCUAUUUCUCGUGCCAUUAAAGGAACAUGAGAGGCACAAUUCUUUGGAAGGAAGGAGUACUCCACGGCAGCAUGACAUUGAUUAUCAGUAUGUUUUUGCUGUUAAUGGCAUGCUGGAUACAAGUGGGCAGCAUUUAGCAAGCCAAACAAACCAGUUUGGAAAUGCUUCAGAUUAUAGUCAUAGUUUUCAUAUAGACUCUCCUACGUCUGCUCAUGCUUUCGACCAUAAGGACUAUACUCCGAGUUCACCUAAUACUGCAAGAAUGUUCUCACAUCCAACUGCUAAAUUUUUACCUAAUCUUCAUAUACCAAGCAAAUCAUUUAAUCAUUCUCCCCCUCUAUCUCCAGUUCAAGGUAAUCAAGGAAAUCCUACUAAGUCCAAUUUGCAAUUUAAGGUAGAUACAUCGUGUUUUGACCAUAGCAAUGAAGGCAUCAAUAGAUUUGUUAUGGGAACUCAUCCAGGUGGUAAUUCCUACUACAUGGAUGCCACUGGAUAUCAUAGUAAUCAUCCUCAUGUUCCUCUUCCACUUGUGAACCACCAGAACCAUAAUCAACAUUUAUUAGAAAGUAUUCUGAGUAACAAAUCUCGUGAAAAGCAUUUUCAUAAUCGAAGCCCGAGUGGAGAAUUUAGUCACCAGAGACUGCAUCAUCAAAAUAUGACAGGCCCUGACCAAACUAAUCUUAUGGAAAGGGCACUUUCUGACUCACAGUUACAAGGACAUGAUGAGAGGUACAAUUCCUUGUUGAAAGGAGUUCUGCCACAAGCUCAGUGUAAUAGUCCAAGAGAAAAAUCACUGUCUCUAGCAUUGUAUAACGAUUCUUCCAAUCUAGAAAUGUACACUCGAAGAAACUUUGAAGUCGCUUCACACAAUAGCUCCAUCACAGAUAAGAAUGUGCCUAGUGCUACUCCUCUUACGGAAGACUUAGCUAGCUCUGCAGACUCAUUGUUCUCUUUACCAGUCAUCGUAGCCCCUAAUUCAGCAGAUAUGAUGGAUCUCCUCCCUGGUUAUCAAUCAAACACAAGAAAACCAGAAUUACAUAUCACAAACCAAAGUACCACCAGGGAUGGGCAAUGUGCCAUGACUGAAUUGGUGAGCGGUCAACCUGUUGCACAUGGAUCUUCUAAACUACAACCUGUUACACCUCACAAUUUAGUUGACAAAGAACCCUCUAUAUCAGUCUCUAAUUUGACCACAGACAGUGCUUCAAGUAGGCAGGCAUUUCUCCAUCGUGCUGAACCUGCUAAUUGUCCCAACCACAAGUCAGCAGAGGUAACGGAUACCCUAUACUUAUAUGAAAGGUCGAAUUUCGAAGAUAUGACAAGUGUCCAAUCACAGCCUUCAGUUAAUCCAUAUGAUUGCAAGGUGAUAGAAUCGGCUGUUAUUAUUGAAGAUGUUACUAGUAAUACACCUGCUGACAUCCCCUCGUCUUCGACUGUUGUGCCACAUAUUCAACAUGUGACCAGUGGUGAAACUCAAACUGCUAGAGGAUCAAAGGAAGAAAAAAAAUCUACUCGUAAGGAUAAGAAGAGUGGUAGAAAAACUGCAGAUGGUUCUAUUAUUGAUGCAAAAAAGGUUGAAAUUGAAGCUGGAAUCCAUGGUUUACAGAUUAUAAAGAAUGCAGACAUUGAAGAACUUCAAGAGCUAGGAUCUGGUACAUUUGGAACUGUUUAUUAUGCAAAAUGGAGAGGAACAGAAGUUGCUGUUAAGAGAAUCAAAGAAGGUUGCUUUUCAGGCAGGCCAUCAGAGCAAGAGCGGUUGACAAAUGAAUUUUGGAGAGAAGCACAAAUUGUAUCAAAACUUCAUCACCCAAAUGUGGUCUCGUUUUAUGGGGUUGUCACUGAUGGACCUGGAGGAACUAUGGCAACAGUUACAGAAUAUAUGGUGAAUGGAUCAUUGAGGAAUGCCCUACUGAAGAAAGAUAGGGCACUUGAUCGUCGUAGAAAGGUUGUUCUUGCACUGGAUGCAGCUUUUGGCAUGGAAUACUUGCAUUCCAAAAAUAUUGUUCAUUUCGAUUUGAAAUGUGACAAUCUGCUUAUCAAUUUGAAGGAUUCUCAAAGGCCCAUUUGCAAGGUUGGAGAUUUUGGGUUGUCAAGAAUCAAGCGCAACACUCUCGUAUCCGGAGGAGUGCGUGGAACUCUUCCAUGGAUGGCACCAGAGUUAUUGAAUGGCAGUAGUACCCGGGUUUCGGAGAAGGUUGAUGUUUUCUCAUUUGGUAUUGCAUUAUGGGAAAUCUUGACGGGAGAAGAGCCAUAUGCAAGUAUGCAUUGUGGUGCAAUCAUUGGUGGAAUUGUAAACAAUACGCUGAGGCCUCCUAUACCGGAACGUUGUGAUCCAGAAUGGAGAAAGUUAAUGGAAGAGUGUUGGUUGUUUGAGCCAGCAAGCAGGCCAUCAUUUACAGAGAUAACAAAUAGGUUGCGCCAAAUGUCUGCGGCAUUGCAACCCAAACGGCGUACUCCAAUUAGAUGAAAAACAAAUGGAAAUCUCCCUUGUAAGUCAUACAUACGUACAUACAGACAGGCAGAUAGAAAAAGAAAAAAGAAACAAAGAGAGAGUAUAGAUUCAUGGAUAUAAAGAGAACUUACAAAAUUCCCUUUAACUUUUUGAAGUCAAUCUGUUUGUAAAUUUUAUAUUUAUAACUAGCUAGAGACUGCUCUUUGGGGAAACUAUAAA